GUCGACGAUCGGCUGAAGAACAUCGACCCCAAGAUGAUCGAGAUGAUCGAGAACGAGAUCCUCACAACGCCGCAGGCCAUCACCUGGGACGACAUUGCCGGCCUCGGCCACGCGAAGCGCGCCGUGCACAUGGCCGUCAUCUAUCCACUGCUCAAGCCCGAGCUCUUCCAAGGCAUCCGCGCGCCGCCCAAGGGCUUGUUGCUUUUUGGCCCGCCGGGCACCGGCAAGACACUCAUUGCGCGCUGCAUCGCCAGUCAGGCCGGCGCGACGUUCUUUAACAUCAGCGCGUCGUCGCUCACCUCAAAGUGGAUCGGCGAGGGCGAAAAGAUGGUGCGCGCGCUGUUUGCUGUUGCGCGCGUGCGCCAGCCCACAGUCAUCUUCAUCGACGAGAUCGACUCGCUGCUGACCCAGCGCACAGACGGCGAGCAGGAGGCGACGCGCCGCAUCAAGACCGAGUUUCUGGUGCAGCUCGAUGGCUGCGGCACGUCGUCCGAGGACCGAAUCAUCCUGCUUGGCGCAACGAAUCGGCCGCAGGAGUUGGAUGAGGCUGCCAGGCGCCGCUUCCCCAAGCGUCUGCUCGUGCCACUGCCCGAUCGCGCCGGCCGCCGCACCAUUGUGGCCAAUAUGAUGCGCAAGCAGGUGAACAGCCUGACUGACGCGCACAUGGACGAGAUCUGUGACCAGACCAACGGCUACUCGGGCGCCGACAUGGACACGCUGUGCCGCGAGGCCGCCUACGGCCCAAUCCGCUCCAUUGCGGACAUCACCACUGUUAGCGUCGAUGACGUGCGCCCAAUUGCAAUGGAGGACUUUGCAUAUGCACUGACCCAGGUCCGCCCGAGCGUCAGCCCAAAGGACUUGGAAAUCCAUAUCGAGUUUAACAAGCUCUAUGGAAUGUCGGUCGCAGAUGGAUAA